GAGCCUUCAACCCAUCGCUACCCCAUCCCUCUGGGCUGUUCAUACACUCGGCACAGCCGCAGCGAGAAAUGCCUACAUUGCUGCACCCUCCGACGUGAGCUACCUUCCUUCUAGCAUCUAUCCACCUACCUCGACACCAUCGCAGCAUUGCAUACGCAGACUACCUAUCAGCCCAUAAGCUCCUCUCACAUCCACUACCUUCGACAAUCCCACGGUCUACGAUCCAGACUCUAAAAUGAAUGAAAUGCUUGCAAUCUGGUCAAUCAUAAUCAGCCUCCUCUGCCAUAUCACCUACGCAUUCCCAUCACUCAAAGGAUCCACAAUCAAUUCGACAACUGCCUGGCAGAUCUCACUGUACCAAAACAAACGAUGCACCGGCCAGACCACAUACUUCUCUGGGAACACCAGUCUACCAUGUCACGAUGCUAUUCUGAACGGCGGUGCAUUGGGAUACAUCGUGCAAAUCGCCAAAGGCUCAAACUGUUCGGUUGCGUUUUCCAGCGAUACCCAGUGCAGCCAGAUCAAUAGCACCACCGUCCAUCUCAAUUCGACGGCGUCGACGUGCCAAGUUAUGAGGAUCCAGGAUCAAGAGAUGCAAAUCCGGCGCUUUUCUGUCAACUGUGGGAGCAAUCGGACAAGGUUUUGUUUUCAUGACCGUGUAUGAAGUUUCUUGAUGCAGCGUUGCGCCGUCGUUCUUUGUAGCUAUUCUUAUUGCAGUGGGAAUGAGAUAAUAUCUUUCUACCUGGACGCUGAUGCUUGCGCCAUUUGAACUUAUCGUGUUUCUAUGCAAUAUCCUACAUUUGAUGGCUAACCGGGUUAGAUAUACGGGA